CUCAUCGGGAGAGAGUUGACGGAAUUUAAACUCGGCGGCCUGAGAUGACGUAAAAAGCUCGCGCGGCACUUCAGUGCCCAAAGCUUCAGCGGGAGAGGGUCGUGGCAUCCUGGCGUAGCAGUGAUGGUGCGCUGCAGCUGCGUGUUCUUCAGAAAGUAUGGAAACUUCGUUGAUAACCUAAGACUCUUCACCAGGGGAGGAAGUGGUGGAAUGGGUUACCCUCGUUUAGGUGGAGAAGGUGGAAAAGGUGGUGAUGUCUGGGUUGUGGCCCAUGACAGGACUACUUUAAAAGGACUUAAAAGCAAGUAUCCUCAGAAAAGAUUUGUGGCUGGAGAAGGAGCUAAUAGUCGGGUUAGUGCACUGAAAGGCUCCAAAGGAAAAGACUGUGAAAUACCUGUACCUGUAGGUAUUUCAGUAACUGAUGAAAAUGGUAAAAUUAUAGGAGAACUCAAUAAAGAGAAUGACAGAAUUUUGGUAGCUAAAGGAGGUCUCGGUGGUAAAUUACUUACAAACUUCUUACCACUGAAAGGCCAGAAACAAAUAAUUCAUCUUGAUCUAAAACUUAUAGCUGAUGUAGGCCUAGUAGGAUUUCCUAACGCUGGAAAAUCCUCAUUAUUAAGUCAGAUUUCUUAUGCAAAACCUGCAGUUGCAGAUUAUGCAUUUACAACGUUAAAGCCUGAACUUGGGAAAAUUAUGUAUGAUGAUUUCAAACAGAUAUCAGUAGCUGAUCUUCCUGGCUUAAUAGAAGGAGCACAUAUGAACAAAGGAAUGGGUCACAAAUUCCUCAAGCAUAUAGAAAGGACCAAACAACUACUUUUUGUUGUUGAUAUUUGUGGUUUUCAACUCUCCUCCCAAACUCACUAUAGAACAGCUUUUGAAACCAUAGUACUACUUAACAAAGAGUUGGAAUUGUACAAAGAGGAACUCCAAACAAAGCCUGCACUCCUGGCAGUUAAUAAAAUGGACUUGCCAGGUGCCCAAGAUAAAUUUCAUGAACUGAUGAACCAACUCCAGAACCCUAAAGAUUUUCUGCAUUUGUUUGAGGAAAAUAUGAUUCCAGAAAAGACUGUGGAGUUCCAACAUGUCAUCCCCAUCUCUGCAAUUACUGGGGAAGGAAUUGACAAGUUAAAGGACUAUAUAAGAAAAUCUCUAGAUGAACAAGCCAACCAAGAAAAUGAUGCAUACCAUCAUAAACAGCUGCUUAAUUUACAGAUGACUAAUGCAGCAUCACACAGUGAGCCACCAUUGACGAGUGGUGUUAUCAUGCCCCAAUGAUGCAGUUUACAUCUAUUAAAAAUUUUAUUUAAAUUUU